AUGGAGCAAGUAGUCUGGCCAAUGUUAUUGUUUUUCACGUGCAUGAUGAUAAUAUCAUAUGCGCAAGAUUUUCUGCAGAACCCGGAUUUUCUGCAGAACCCGGAUUUUGAAAUCCCUCCAUUCAACAUAACGGCAAAUUCAACUACAUCCCAAUUCAUUCUCCUCACCGAAGCGAAUUCCAUUCCGGGGUGGUCAUUCAACGGUACCGUCUCGUACGUCACUUCAGGGGCAAACUUGUCAUUUCCAGGGAGCAGCGGGGGCCACGCUUUGCAGUUGGGCGAGAACGGCGCAAUCAAACAGACAUUCAGUAGAGCAAAUACAACAAAUACAGCUAAUGCAAAUGAAACCUAUGAAUAUGUUGUCAGUUUCAAUCUUAUCCCACAAAGCGAGGAUUGUGCUAACAAUCGUACGACUGUUAAUGUAACUCUUCGCGAGAAUUUGUUCCGCAAUAGAUCGAUGGCGUUUUCUCUCCGAAGGAAUUUGACUAGAAAUUUGUGGGAGAGCCAUGCUUUCUUCUUGGCUAAAUUGGGAGUCAACGAUUCUGUCGAUAUUCAAAUCUCAAGUGUUAAAGCUACAAAUACAAAAGAUGGUAACAAUGUCACAUGUUGGCCUGUGGUGGAUGCAUUUAAUGUCAAAACGAAUCCGUCGUGGAGGCGGUAUAUGGACAACGCACUAGCAAAUGGAAAUUUUGAGGUUGGACCGGGUUUUAUGAAGAACUCGUCAGAGGGAAUUCUUCUAGACAAAGAACAAGAUAGAUUCGGGUCUGCACUCCAAGAUUGGGAUAUAUACGGAAUUGUAAAAUACAUAGACUCAAACAACUACAAAGUCCCUCAAGGCAAAGCAGCUAUCGAACUAUUAUCCGGGAAGUCGGGGGUCCACAAGAACUUGUACAUAGAACCGAAGUACACAUACACUUUGAACUUCACAAUGGGAGAUGCAAACAAUUCAUGUGUAGGAAAUUUUACGGUGUACGUGCAAGUAGGGAAUAACACACACAACUUCACGAUGACAAGCAACGGAACUGGAUCGGCUUUCGAGCGCUUCUUAACAUUCAAAUCUCAAUUUCGAUUGUUAACAACUAUUCCUAUAGGCUUGUACAGUUUCAACGAGACAAGAACGGGUACCGGAGUGCUGUGUGGGCCCGUUAUCGACAACGUAAUUAUUCGUCGAGACUCUGAUGAAAGGAACUCUGAUGGAAGGAAGAUAGGUUCUCAUGGGAUUUUGAUUUUAGCAUGUUUACUGAUUUGGGCAUGCUUAUGA